AUGGCUAGGGCGGGCAUGUUGCGCCCUGGAGGGCCGCUCAUUUCUUCCACCUCUGGUUUCUGGCAUAUUAAAAAAUCAUUAUUUUAACACACAAACGUUUUUGUAUAGCUCACAUUUUUUUUUGGAAGAAAUGACGUCUGAAGAAAAAGGACUGGAAAACGAAGAAGUGACGCUGGAGGAAGAUGAAGAAGAGUGGACCGGCAGUGGAUUGUCCUUGUUAGAUUACGAACGCGAUGUCCUGGCCGACACUCUUCCCAACAGCGAGCUCUUCAUCGUUGCCAAGUUCAUGUCCUAGAACUUUUCUUCUCAACAUUUCAGUUUAGUGGUCUCGGCAUCGAACGGCUUUUUUUAGAGCAUCUUGUUCUCUUUUCCGACCGACGACUUCUGGCCAUCGUCCUCAAUACCAGUCAGCAUGAUGAGGUUACGCAUAAAAUACUAAUCCAAGCUGAAAGUUUUUGUUUUUCAAUACUUCAGAACUUCCUUAUAAGUAAACUGAAAGAACUCAAAGUUGGGUGCGAGCCUAAAAUCAUCAACGCAGACGUCAGUACCAAAGACAGGUUUUUUGCUUUUAACUUUAUCUAUUAGAGCUAUCUGGAAAAUCAAAAAAACUGUAUAAAUGAAAAAAUUCUAGAACAGCCAUUUACUUGGAAGGCGGUGUCCACUUCUGCUCGACACGAGUGGCGCUGGUUGAUCUUCUGCAGUCUCGGUUACCAGUAGAACGCGUUGCCGUAAUUUUUGUCUACAGAGCACACAAGUAUCGUGAAAGUCGCUCCGGAUGAAGAAAAAAACGAGUUUCAGUGUGUUGACGUCAUUCCAGGAGUCGUUUGUUUUGCGGCUAUACCGCGAAAAAAAGCGCGAUGGUUUAGUGAAGGUUUCUUUGAGAACUCUGUAAUAAUACAAGCAAACCGGCGAAUUAAUAGUCAAAAUAGCAUCGAUCAACUUUUCUUAUUUUUAGCAAUGAUUGUAAAAUAAAGCAAGUUAACCUUUUUUUUUUUGGGGGGAAAUGGAAAAGAAAAAUAGGCUUUUGAAGCAAUCCAUUCGGAUUUUUGCAUUCCAAAGGAGAAUAGAACAUUUGAGGCCUUCACGGAUCUCCCUUCUGCCGUAAGUUCUCUUGGACAGCUUCAAAGGCUUGUAGAUCGUCUCUAUGUGAAGCACGUCCAUCUCAUGCCUCGCUUUUCCGUGGCAAUCGAGGAAGAACUUUCGGCGAAUCAGGUUCUUCACGGUGGUGAUCCGGCUAGGAUGUCUCUUGCAGCUUCGCUCAGCACUGUUCUCCGUGGACGUUUCGGCUUCAAUGCGCCGUGUCCAUAGAACUCUUCUCGAUUUGAUCAAAGUUUGCGUGAAAGAUCUCCGCGCCUGUUCCACGACAGCGAGACAAGUUUUCAGAAGACGUUAUUUUUUUGUAUUGCACCACUUUUUCAGGCUCAAUCGGAGCCUCUUGAAGAGAUCACACACGUUCCAUGGGUCACGACUGCGCUUGAAAGAAAACUCCGUGAAAAAAGGUCUUUUUUUAAUUUCAGACUUACAGGGUGAGCAAUAAAUAUUGAAACGCGUUUGAAACGUUAUAACUUUCUCAAAAGUCAACCAAACACCACCAAACUUGGAGCAAAUUUUAUUCAUACAAUAUAGAAACAAAAUUCAAGAAUAGUUUUCAAAACGUCCUCCUUUAGCAUUGAUAACGGCCUUCAGUCUCUUCGGAUACGCAUCGAUCACGGCACGAAGGUAUUCGUCGUAGAUUUCGUCCCAUUUCUUGAUGAGCGCGGUCUUCAGAGCUUUGAUACUUGGGUAGUUCUUAGAAGAGACCUUCUCGGUCAGAUAUCCCUACACGGCAUAGUCCAUCGGGUUGAGGUCGGGCGAGGAAGCAGGCCAAUCAGCAGCCGAGAUGAACUCGGGAAAAUUGGCGCGAUACCACUCUUGAUUCCCUUUGACGCGAUUAGCGGGUGCGCCGUCUUGCUGGAAGGUCCAUGGUCGGUUUCCGUAGUGAGAAUUGGCCCAGGGCAAUACCCCCAACUUCAAAAUCUACUCCCUGUAGUAUACUUGGUUCACUUUGACUCCAGGAUCCACAAAAAUCAGCGGAGUUUUGCCGUCAGCGGUAAUUCCGGCAAAAACCAUCACGGAAGCCGGAUGCGAAGUUUUAUUCAGAAUUUUUUCUUUUUCACAGGCACUCUGAUAGUCAGUAGCGAUGAUCCGAUGAUUUUGGCCGUCCUUGUUCGCCUCUACAGUGAAGAUUUUCUCGUCGGUAAAUAGCGUCGUCAGAUGCGAGCCAUCUUUCGUGCCAGCGAGCAGCUUUCGAGCCUUUUUCAUCCGCAAUGUCUUGUUUUUUUUUUUUUGAUUGACGAAGGCUCCUUUCUGCAUACGGUAGGGAAUCGUUUUCAGCUUGUCCUUGACAAUAGUUUUCAUCGAUCCUUGACUCAUUUCGUUUUCUUUUGCCAUCUUUCUCAUGCUUCUUUCCGGAGUGCGUCUGAUUUUCUCUCGAACGGCUUUGACUGCUUCUGGAGUCGUGACGGUGACUGGACGUCACCUUCUUUGCAUGUCAUCUGAAGUACCGAGAUGCCGAUAGCGCUGUGCAGUUCGAAAAACAAGAACACGAGCCACUUUCAGCUUUUUAACGAUCUCUGAAUUCGUCAUUCAGCUUUUGAUACAUUCAAUGAUUGCGGUACGGUACGGAGAUGGGGCCACCAUUACCUGAAAACUGAAAAGUAUGAGCUGUAACUUCAAAAACAUGAUAAGUGAGCAUGAAUGAACGAAAUAAACAAAAAAGUUCAAAGGCCAGUCCUUUGUGCAAAAAGCAGCGAUCAAACAAAAAACGGUUUCAAUAUUUAUUGCUCACCCUGUAGAGUCAAUGAGAGAAAUCUCAGAAGUUUUCUGACUGACAAACAGUCGCGAUUGUUGCAUGAUACCUCUGUUCUGCGAGACCUUCUCCAAAUGGCGGAAAACUUGGACGCGGCGACUCUUCUAUCGAAGCUUUUGCAAAUGAAAGGGGACAAACAGGUCUCGAGUUCUGAGUAAGCCAAAAUAUGGGGGGAAAUUUAAGACGGUCGAGGAAAGCAGCGGCUGGCUGAUGACCCCGACCGCGGCUCGGAUGAUAGAAGAUCUUCACGAACUAUGCGGCGGAUUUACUGCUGGUAAAGCGACGUCGACGUUCACCAAGUUCAUUAGUUUGUUUCAUGAAGGAACUUUCAAAUUUCAUGAGUUUUCCAGCGCCAGCAAAAUGGGAUGUUUUAGCGGAGAUCCUCAGUGAGGUCAAACAGAUUCCAGUGCACCAAAAAGAACUCCCCGAACACGGUUACUUUGUCUCAGUUUCCGGAGAAGUUCAAGCGUUUCAGGUCCCUCGGUACUUAUCAUCGCGAAUACAGAAGAAGUGUGUCGACAACUGUUUGACGUCAUCCGACACGGCGUGCAAAAGGCUAAAUUUCUGUGUUGGCGCCAACUCGGCCGUUCAUCUGGCUCAAUGCCCGCCGACGAGCCUUUGUGGAGACAAGAAAAUGUGUCUGUACUCGUCAGAGCUCAGCUCGGCCUUGUAAGCUUCUCUUUCAAUUUAGUCAAAAUAGUUGAUGAGAUUUCAAAAAUUUAGAAGCCGGAGACAAGAAAUGAGCUUGUUGCUGACGUCCAGAAGACCCAAAAAAACGUUGCCAGGGCCACUCAGAAAAAAAGAAAGGUAAGAAAAUAAAAGUGUCCCGUAAAUUUUGAAGAUUCAGGCAGUUGAAGAUUUGAAAGGGACCGAUUCCAGGAUCCAAACGACGAUCGUCCAGUUCGGCAUUUUGCAUUAUAAACGACGAAAAACUGAAACGGUUAGUUUUUUGUUUUGUGUUCAAGAGCUCAGGUCAGCUUUCAUUCAAAUCAUUAGCCUUACUGAAAAAAAAACAACUUUAAUGAAACGGGACAACAUUGGUUUGCAUUUCUGUUAGAGACCAGGAAAUAACUUUGUGGAAUUUAAAAAUAUUUGAAAGAUGGGAUUUGUCAAGAAGAUCUCUGAAGUGUCAAUGUAG